CAUCGCAGAGCGGGCCCUGUGAUCCAAUCCAGCUCAACUCUCCACCACCCUAUUGAGGGUAAACUGGAACACUGCCUGACAAACAUUCCCCAGAGAUUCCUGAGCUCCAUCCUGCUUUUCAGGUGAUAAACCCCUGCCUUUGAGAUUCCUCUACCCUUCAAUAAUGGAGGACGGCUAUCAGAACAAGACAGCCUUUAUAAAGGGCGCCAAAGACAUUGCCAAGGAGGUCAAGCGCCAGGCGGCCAAGAAAGUGGGCCGCGGUGUGGACAAGAUGACCGACGAGUACAGCAAACGCUCAUACGCCCGCUUUGAGGAAGACGACGACGAUGACUACCCUGGAGUGCCUGGGGGGCAGGACAGUGGCUACUACCGGGGCGACAGCCAGGCAGCCAAUGACGAUGAAGGUGGCCACAGCGACUCCACAGAAGGCCACGACGAAGACGACGAGAUCUACGAGGGCGAGUACCAGGGCAUUCCCCGCGCUGACUCGAGCAAGGCUGCCGACAGCCUAGCAGGGGGAGAUGGGCAGCAGUUCAGGGACAUGGCACAGUUUGAGGGGGAAAGGCGGAAGGAUCAAGAAGAGCUAGCCCAGCAGUACGAGACCAUCCUGCAGGAGUGCGGCCAUGGAAAGUUCCAGUGGACCCUCUACUUUGUGCUGGGGCUGGCCCUCAUGGCAGACGGUGUAGAGAUUUUUGUGGUGGGCUUUGUGCUCCCCAGCGCCGAGAAAGAUAUGUGUCUGUCAGAGGAAAGCAAGGGCAUGUUGGGUCUGAUUGUUUAUCUGGGAAUGAUGGUCGGUGCAUUCGUGUGGGGUGGGCUCGCUGAUCGGAUAGGCCGACGGCAGUCCCUUCUCAUCUGUCUCUCCAUCAACAGCGUCUUCUCCUUCUUCUCCUCCUUUGUCCAGGGCUACAGCACCUUUCUCUUCUGCCGACUACUUUCUGGUGUUGGGAUCGGUGGUUCCAUCCCCAUUGUGUUCUCCUACUACUCAGAGUUUCUGGCCCAGGAGAAACGUGGGGAGCACCUCAGUUGGCUCUGCAUGUUCUGGAUGAUUGGUGGCAUCUAUGCCUCAGCUAUGGCAUGGGCCAUCAUCCCACACUAUGGCUGGAGUUUCCAGAUGGGCUCUGCGUACCAGUUCCACAGCUGGCGUGUGUUCGUCCUGGUGUGUGCAUUUCCCUCUGUUGCGGCUAUUGCUUCUCUCACCACCAUGCCAGAAAGCCCGCGCUUCUUCUUAGAGAACGGCAAACACGACGAAGGCUGGAUGAUUCUGAAACAAGUUCACGACACCAACAUGAGAGCAAAGGGGCACCCAGAGAAGGUGUUUUCUGUCACCACCAUCAAGACUGUAAAGCAGAUGGACGAGCUGGUGGACAUGGGAGGAGACAUAUCAACUUUGCGACGCUAUAAAUUGAAGCUGGCCAGCCUAUUCCACCAGGUGCGGAGUAACUUCUUGGCCAUCUUCAAUCCAGAAUACAGAAGGACCACCUUCAUGAUGAUGGCUGUCUGGUUUACCAUGUCGUUCAGCUACUAUGGGCUGACAGUGUGGUUCCCUGACAUGAUCAAGUACAUCCAGAAGCAGGAAUAUGCCUCGCGCACCAAGUUCUUCACCAAGGAGCGAGUGGAACAUGUCACUUUUAACUUCACCUUGGAGAACCAAGUGCACCGCCAAGGACAGUACUUCAACGACAAGUUCAUCAACCUUAAGAUGAAGUCCAUGGUGUUUGAGGACUCUUUGUUUGAGGAGUGCUACUUUGAGGACAUCACCUCUAGCAGAAGCUUCUUCAGAAACUGCACCUUCAUCUCAACCCUCUUUUACAAUACAGACUUGUUCCAGAACAGAAUCAUCAACAGCAAACUGGUAAACAGCACCUUCCUACACAACAAGGAAGGCUGUCUGCUGGACUUCACUGAUGACAACAACGCCUACAUGAUCUACUUUGUCAGUUUCCUGGGCACAUUGGCCGUGUUGCCCGGCAACAUUGUGUCAGCCCUGCUGAUGGACAAAAUUGGACGUCUGAGGAUGCUGGCGGGAUCAAGUGUCAUAUCUUGUGUCAGCUGUUUCUUCCUGUCAUUCGGCAGUACCGAGUCGGGAAUGAUCGCCCUUUUAUGUCUCUUUGGCGGCAUCAGCAUAGCUUCCUGGAAUGCCCUGGAUGUGUUGACUGUGGAACUGUACCCCUCGGAUAAAAGGACCACUGCAUUUGGCUUCUUAAAUGCCCUUUGCAAGUUGGCUGCUGUCCUGGGCAUAAGCAUCUUCCAGUCAUUUGUAGGCAUCACCAAAGCUGUGCCCAUCUUGUUCGCUGCGGGUGCACUCGCUGCCGGGAGUUUCCUAGCACUAAAGCUGCCUGAAACACGGGGCCAGGUGCUGCAGUAGCACAAUUCACCACCAGCAGGCAGCGCAGUGUAGCUUCAGUGGCCACAUUACAACCAGAGCCCGACCAACCGUACAAUCUCAGCCUUUAGCAAUCCAACGUUGCUCAGUAAACACUAAAAAACAGACUGUCAUCAACAGUGUCACAACAGUCCCAGAUUACUGAGAAAAUAUGACGAUAGCAUCAGACUUAAAAUGCAGAUGUGACCUAUAUAGCCAGCACAGACUAGCUGGCAUCUUGACCACAGCAUAAAAUAGCACAUUGGGUUUGCUUCUCAGAGAUUAGACAGAAUGAAAUCCUGCCAACAAAGAUAUACGUUUAUAAACCACUGCCAAAGGAUACAAAGAUACUGCUUGAUAACUACAAUGCCUAAUGGGGAUACUUCCCAACAAAAGAGAUCAAACAUCUAUACACCCUCAAUUCAUCAUAGCACCCAUAUCUGACCCUAAUACCAAAUAAUAUGAGGUUAAAGAUGCCCUCCAACAGAUUUCCACAUGAAAAUAGCUUUCGCUGUAACUUAGCUUUCCACUGAAUUUACAUAUCUUAAUGGCUUCCUCUGAAAGAGAAUAUUGCAGACAAUAUUUCUCUUACCAGGCGACAUGCACCAAGCUCCCUGCAUCAAAAUAAUGAUAUAGAUUAUGUGUUCAAACUUGGCAUCGAAACGAGUUAUUUUAUCAUAUAGAAAAUGGACUGUACAUGUGUGUUGAAGAUAUAUUGCAAGAAAAUAAAUAAUGACAGGACAAAUAACUGGUAAAUA